AUGGGACGAUUAAUGACGAAAGAGUUUUGCAAUGUGACAAGAGAUGUACUGUAUCGCAUGAUGACGCGACGGCGCCCUGAUUUGGACUUUCGUUUGCUUGGUCACGCUAUUCAGCAUACUAGAAUGUUUGAAGCACUGCUCAUCAAGAGAUUUCCAUCGAAACCUGACUUCAACUUUGAUAAGGUUCCGUCACGGGAGUGCUCGACCCACGCUGUGCCCUUUUCGUCGUCGGCUGAUAUGUUCCUUCUGCUCAAGAAGGUGAUCACUGAGUGCAGUAAACUUAGCAAGAUGGAGACCUUCUAUGGAAUCACCAACCAGGCACUUGCUGUUCUGGUUCAAGAUCUUGAGGGCACCUGUGAUGCAGCACUCCAGGCCAUCUCCAAGAUUACGUGGUCCGCAGUAGAUGGCGUUGGCGAUGAGUCUCCAUUUGUGGGUGCUAUUCGAUCGUCGCACCUUCGCGCUGCUAUACCUCGACUUCGUGAUUUGCUAUCUGACAGAAGGAAGUAUUUUGCUCAUCUAUGCCUGAAGUUGGCCACGCAGUUGUCUCACAAAUUUGUCGGAGCACUGUUCAGAUGUAAACCGAUUAGCACUCACGGAGCCGAGCAGUUACUUCUUGACACUCACUCUCUGAAGUCAUUCCUCCUUCAAAUGCCUUCGAUUGACAGUGCAGUGGCUGCGAAGCCACCAACAGCGUAUGUUGGAGGAGUGAGCGCUGCGUUAAAUAAGGCAGAAAUGAUCUUGAAGGUGAACUCAAUACCGAUUUAUCUUGAAUUCGUCUUUUGGGAUGAACUUGCAAAGUGUUGGUUGAAGGUGGUGAUGUCGAAUAUGGAUACGCCUGAGGAUUACGUAGAACACUAUUCAACAUUGCUGCCUGACUCGAAUACUUCAGAAUUGCAAAAGGUUCUGGAUAUGCGUGGUGUGAAGAAAGUGGAGCAAACAGCGAUCUUACAAGCGUACAGGCAGAAGUUUGGAGCUGCAGCUGAUGCCGCACCUUCGGUUCCUGUUGGAAUGGGAAAUGCACUGUCGGCGACACAGGCUCUGAAUGCUGUUGUAUCGAUGGCAGCUGACGGAUUGGCUGAGACGACUAGCAUGAGAAGGCUCGAAAAGCUUGUUAAGAGGAAUUUCUUAGAAAACCGGGGCUGGCGGGUUGUAGUUCCCGGCUUUUAG